AAACGUUGUCACCAUUCUUCACAGCUCUCUCUCCACAAUGGCCCAAACUCUCCCACCACACAAGUAUACCAUUUUUACAAUUUUCCUAUUCUCAAUUCUCCUACAUGGAGAAUCCCAUAAAUUUUCAAGAAACUUGUCACCAAAAUCACUCGGUUUGAAGAAACAAAAACUAAGCCACCUCCACUUUUACUUCCAAGACAUAGUGGGUGGCGAUCACCCCACCGCAUUAAAGGUGGCCCAAUCGCCCAUAACCAACAUCUCCCACACUGGGUUUGGUUAUAUGGUCAUGAUUGACGACCCUCUGACAGUGGGUCCCGAAAGAACUUCUAAGAUUGUGGGAAGAGCUCAGGGGAUCUAUGCAUCAGCUGACUUGAAUCAAGUCGGGUUGUUAAUGGUUAUGAAUUAUGUUUUUAUUGAAGGAAAGUAUAAUGGUAGCACUUUGAGCAUAUUAGGGAGGAAUUCGGUGUUCUUGCCAGUGAGAGAGCUUCCGAUUGUUGGCGGGAGUGGACUUUUCCGGUUUGCACGUGGGUAUGCUCUUGCAAAGACUCAUUCUUUCAAUAUCAGCAAUGGUGAUGCAACUGUUGAGUAUAACGUUUAUGUCCAACACUAUUGAUCAUAUUCCUAAAUGUUUAGGACAAUAAAAAGGUUCGAGAGGUUAACUUUUAUAUAUUCUCUAUUUGUUCGAUGGUAUCUUACUUUUGAAAAUGAAAGAUACAAGCACUUUUUGCUAUA